AUGAUUUCAGUUGACACUGCCCUCUCAUUUGCCUUCAUCCCUCAGAGAAAUGGGUCUCUACAAGCACAGAGAUCAAGUCCCCACCUUUCCCCCUCGUCGUUGUCUCUGCUGGCUCGUAGUUGUUCUUUUCAAUGCCAGCCCAACGGCAAAGAACCCAGAGGCCGCUUCACUCGCUCCUCUUUUAGGCCCGAGACCGCGGUCUCCUUUCUUCUCCUGUACCAUUGCCUGCUGCUGCUGCUGCUGCUGCUGUGUCCACAUGAGACCCCCGGCAUGAAAUGGCCGGCUUCAGCCAGCCAAGCUGUCGGAGCCCAGGCCCCCGUUCAAGGGGUCGUUUGGGCUGGUGGGGUCUCUAUGGGUGGGUCGGUCAAGGGGGCUGUAUGCUUGUCAGUGCCUGUAUUUUUGUCUGUCUGCGAGACUGGGCCAGCCAACGGGGCUCCCAUGGGGGAGACGAGGAGAACAGAUGCAGGCAUCUGCGGGGUGGGCUAA